UAUGUAAAUGAAAUGAUAGAAACUCAAAAAUUAUGGCAUCUUUUAGUGUUAGUUCAUCACUAUUUUCAUCACCUUCUAACCAUUUCUGUAAAAGAAAUUCAAGAAUCUCCAGUAAUGGUACAGUCCCAUGGUUCUCCAGUAAUAGUUCGUUCAAACCCUCAAGAAUUGCUCCCAUUUCAGCAUCUAUGGCUACUGGUGUUAAAGAGGUUCUUCCACCUGCUCUAACUUCUACUUCAGAGCCACCUCCAAUUUUUGAUGGCACAACUAGGUUGUAUAUUUCGUAUACAUGCCCGUAUGCUCAGCGUGCGUGGAUUGCUCGUAAUUGUAAGGGAUUACAAGAUGUGAUAAAAUUGGUGCCUAUUAAUUUGCAAGAUAGGCCUGCCUGGUAUAAAGAGAAAGUCUACCCUCCUAACAAGGUACCUUCAUUGGAACACAAUAAUGAAGUCAAAGGGGAGUCUAUGGAUUUAAUUAAGUACAUUGACAGUAAUUUUAAUGGACCAUCACUUUCCCCUGAUGAUCCUGCAAAGAAAGAGUUCGCAGAAGAGCUGUUUUCCUACAUGGACUCAUUCAACAAAGCUCUAGUUUUUUUAUUUAAAGGCGAAGAAAAUGAAGCUGGUGCUGUACUUGAUUUUAUUGAGACAUCUCUUACCAAAUUUGAAGAUGGACCCUUUUUCCUUGGGCAAUUUAGUCUGGUGGAUAUUGCAUAUGCUCCAUUCAUUGAAAGAUUUCAACCUGCUUUAUUGGAAGUAAGGAAUUAUGACAUUACUGCUGGAAAGCCUAAUCUGGCUGCAUGGAUUGAGGAGAUGAACAAAAUCGAGGCCUAUAAUCAGACCCAGCAAGAUCCGAAGGAAUACGUUGAGAGCUACAAGAGAAUAUUUUUGGGUCAGCGUUGAACUCCGUCUUAUUCUCUUCAUCCAUUAUGUUGGUAAAAAGUGAUUUUUCUGGUGUAAUUGCAGAUUCCUCUUGAUGAAUGUGUAGUUAUGCAGUUUAAAUUUUCCGCUGUACAAAAUAUCAAGGCGACAUGCCAUUUCUAGCAAUCGUGAUGUAGUUCUUAUUAGACAUGAAUAUAAACCUACUCGCUCUUGCACGACCAUUGUCGGUCUUACAUUUAAAAUUUCCGGUGGAAAAGUCGUUUGUUA